CCUACCCCUCCCAGCUCGUGUUUUGCAGUGCCCGUAUUCUGCCCCCUUCGGCCUUCUCUGCCCCAUUUGCAAGACGCCAUGGAACACGAUGAUCUGACGCAAGCCUUCUAUUUCUCUUCCGGUAACCCUAGAAUUGAAGAAACAAGGGGUGUCAUGCAUCUAUUCCGUGACGAGGUCGGUUCAUCGAGCUCUAUUCUUCCUGUUGAAAGAAAGCCUCUACUUUGUGUUCUUGGGGUGCCAAAUCACAUGACAUAUGCAGACUUUUGUCAAUUUUGUGGUUCAUUCAUUCACCAUAUGUUGGAAAUGCGAAUUGUCAGAAAUGAUGGCAUGGAGGACAACUACAGUGUUUUGAUUAGGUUUGAUGAUCAGAGCUCAGCAGACAAUUUUUACAAACAUUUUAAUGGAAGAUGUUUUUCAUCUCUUGAGGUCGAGAUAUGCCGCGUACUAUUCACAGUCGAUGUGCAGUUCACUGGUUCAAUUGAGCAUGCACAGGCUUCUGCUGUUAGCAAUAUGGAACAGCCUUCAUGUCCAGUGUGCCUUGAGAGAUUGGACCAGGACAUGGGUGGAAUUCUCACAACUAUUUGUAAUCACUCUUUCCAUUGCUCAUGUAUCUCUAAGUGGACCGAUUCUUCGUGUCCGGUUUGCCGAUUUUGCCAGCAGCAACCUGAGAAAUCAAGCUGUUUUGUCUGUCAAACUUCAGAAAAUCUUUGGAUGUGUGUAAUUUGUGGUUAUAUUGGUUGUGGGAGGUAUAGAGAAGGGCAUGCUAUAAGACACUGGAAAGAGACAGAACACUGCUAUUCCCUUGAAUUGGAAACACGUCGUGUCUGGGACUAUGCUGGAGAUAAUUAUGUUCACCGGUUAAUUCAAUCUAAAACUGAUGGCAAGUUAGUUGCAUUGAACCACCGUUGUGCUCAGGCUAAUGAUGGAUGUGGUACCUGUGAAUGUGGUUUGGAACCUGGAUUUGGUGAUGCUCUAUUGAACAGUAAAGUCGAAGCUAUUGUGAACGAAUACAAUGAGCUCCUUACUACACAACUGGAGAACCAGAAAAUGUAUUUUGAGUCUCUACUUGAAAAUAUUGAACAAGAGACUGAACAAGGGAUCUCUAAGGCUGUUGAACAAGCCAUCAGCCAAAACCCAAAGUUGCUCAAGCUGCAAGCUAAGCUGGACAAACUUGUUGAAGAGAAGAAAUUCCUCGAUGAUAUCAAUGAUAAUCUUUUGAAGAACCUGGAGAUAUGGGAAAGGAAGAUUGCAGAAAUCGAAGAAAGGGAUAAGAAGGCUUUGAAUUUGAAGGAUAAGAGGAUAAAAGAUUUGCAGGAAGAGUUGAGCAGUUUGAUCACAUGCUUAGAAAUUGGGAAUGCAGCGGAACCUUCACCAACUUCAAAUCAUGUAUAGAUGGCAGCGCCUUGCCUCCAAUAGAUCUUCUUCAAAGAAUAGGGGUUAAGUGGCCAUCAGGACAAGUAACCCAACAAGCGCCAAGCAUGCUUGGAUCAUUCUUUGAUUGGUAGGUAUUUCAGCUAAGUAUGCUUGGAUCGUUCUAUGAUGGAAUGUGGGAAUCGCAGAGGGAUCUUUAGUACUUGGCAUGCAUUGUAAAUUGAAUAUCUAGCUGGUGUAAAUCUGACUUUUAGAACUUGUAAAUGAUCCUUAAGAAAUCCAACUUCCAAUGGUAUAUGGAGCAGGAGCGAAGUGUUGGCUUGUAGUGAUGUCAAAUAUCUUAGUGAUGGUAAAAGUAUAAAGCUGCAUUGGCUUUUGAUCCUGUAGAAAUGUAGCGAUCAUUGAAGUGUUAGCAGA